CUAAGAUCAGGGCAAUCUCAAUACGCAUGCUCGGUUGUGCUAAAUCGGUAGGUUAGCAGGAAGCUCCUCAUUUGAAUACAACGAACAAGGUGUGAUGGAGAGGUGACGUGGGUCUGGAAAGAGAGGCCAAGCCAGGCGCCGACACCAUGACGGAGUGCUUCCUUCCCCCCGGCAACAGUCCUAGCGAGCAGCGGCGCUCCGACCCCGGCGGGAGCAUGGCGCGGACGCCCAGCUCCGAGGAGAUCAGCCCCACCAAGUUCCCAGGCCUGUACCGCGGCGGCGAGCCCUCUGCGCCCCACGACGGCCACCACGAGCCGGCCGACGCCGUCUCCGACGAGGAGAAGGAGCACGGCAAGAAGAAGAACAAGUUCAAGAAGAAGGAGAAAAGAACCGAGGGCUACGCCGCCUUCCAGGAGGACAGCUCGGCCGAGGAGCCCGAGAGCCCGUCCAAGAUGAAGCGGUCUAAGGGCAUCCACGUCUUCAAGAAGCCCAGCUUCUCCAAGAAGAAGGAGAAGGACUUCAAGGUGAAGGAGAAGCCCCGGGAGGACAAGGACAAGGCCAAGGAGAAGAAGUCCAAAGAGCUGACGGCAGCCGACGUGGUCAAGCACUGGAAGGAGAAGAAGAAGAAGAAGAAACCCCCCGCUGAUCCGGAACCUUCCGCCCCUGAGCCACCCGCUGUGAGGCCCAUCUUCGGCGUGCCGCUGGCCGAGGCGGUGAAGAGGACGGCACUCUACGACGGGAUCCAGCUGCCCGCCGUCUUCCGGGAGUGCGUGGACUACAUCGAGAGCUACGGCAUGAAGUGCGAGGGCAUCUACCGCGUCUCAGGGAUGAAGCUGAAGGUGGACGAGCUGAAGGCGGCCUACGACCGCGAGGAGUGCCCGUGCCUGGAGGACUACGACCCGCACACGGUGGCCAGCCUGCUGAAGCAGUACCUGCGGGAGCUGCCCGAGACGCUGGUGCCGCGCGAGCUGGCGGCUCGCUUCGAGGACGCCUGCGGCUGCCCCGCCGACCCCGACCGGCUGCAGGAGUUCCGGAAGCUUCUGGCGGAAAUGGCACCCUGCAGCCGCCUGCUGCUGGCCUGGCUCGUCACCCACAUGGACCACGUCAUCGCCCAGGAGGCCGACACCAAGAUGAACAUCCAGAACGUGUCCAUCGUCCUCAACCCCACCGUGCAGAUCGGGAACCGGGUUCUGUACGUUUUCUUCACCCAAGUGAAGGAGCUGUUUGGUGACAUCACCCUGAAGCGUGUGGUGCAGCCCCUCCGCUGGUCCAACAUGGCCGCCAUGCCCCAGCUGCCCGACACCGCGGAGAGCAUCAAGGAGGAGAUCCGCAGACAGGAGUUCCUGUUGAACAGCCUGCACCACGACCUGCAGGCUGGGGUGAAGGACCUGUCCAAAGAGGAGCGCUUGUGGGAGGUGCAGCGCAUCCUGACGGCCCUCAAGAGAAAGCUGCGUGAGGCCAAGCGGCAGGAGUGCGAAACCAAGAUUGCACAGGAGAUCGCCAGCCUUUCCAAGGAAGACGUGUCCAAGGAGGAGAUGACGGAGAACGAGGAGGAGGUGCUCAACAUCCUUCUGGCCCAGGAGAAUGAGGUCCUGACAGAGCAGGAGGAGCUGCUGUCCCUGGAGCAGGUCCUACGGCGGCAGAUCGCCACAGAGAAGGAAGAGAUCGAGAGGCUAAGGGCCGAGAUCGCAGACAUACAAAGCCGGCAGCAGGGCCGCAGCGAGACCGAGGAGUACUCCUCGGACAGCGAGAGCGAGAGCGAGGAUGAGGAGGAGCUGCAGGUCAUCCUGGAGGACCUGCGCAGGCAGAACGAGGAGCUGGAGAUAAAGAACACGCACCUGAACCAGGCCAUCCACGAGGAGCAGGAGGCCAUCAUGGAGCUGCGGGUGCAGCUUCGCCUCCAGCAGGGCGAGAAGCUUCAGCCGGAGCAGCCCCCUCAGACCAGCCCCGAGGCCCGGGCUGACUCCCAGCCCCCGGCCCCUGCCGCCCCCAGGGACCCUGCCGACCCCACCGCCACGGAGGGCAAAGCCAGCAAGGAGCCCCUCAAGACCUCCCCCAGCAAGGACGGCCGGGAGGUGAACCCAUGAGCUUUCCCUCUGCCACCAUCAUCAUCAUCCGCAUGGCUACCUGACUCUGGCAUGAUGUAGCGCUGGUUCAGGAGAGGAAAGGACCCCGCCGUUGCAGCCAAGAGGGUCAGGCACCGUCAGUCAAACCAACUGAAUCUAAUUUUCAUAGUCACUGAUUGCAAACUUAGUGCAUGCAUUGACAUCCCUGGUGUAAAAUACAGCUGUGACCAGCUCAGAAUGCCAGCCACCAGCUGUUUCAAAACAUAGCAUGAGCUGGUCAAACUGGUCAACCAGUUAGCAGCUGUUUCAAAACCUAGCUUGAGCUGUUAUUUUCAGCAGGGAUGCAGAACCAAGAGAUUUGUAAAUUAAAUGUUAUUUAUCAUUCACAGGCCAGGCAGAGGCUUUGUGUAACCCUGGUCAAGUCGCUGCAUUAGGUUGUGCAAGAUUGGCUACAGGCUGCAAGGCCGGUGUUAAUUUUUCACCCCCUUUUACCUUAUUUUCUUUUCCUUGCCCCUUUUCCUAAUUCUAGCUCCAUCCAGAGACUAGAAAAAGAGGCAAGAAAAAAAAAAAGUGACGACAGGAAAAAGUUGGGGCGAAUGGAAUGUCCUUGCUCCUUUUACCAUCAGUUCGAAGCCACGUCAGUUACAGACGUGACAGAUGGGAAGAGGUGGACCCACAGGUCAAUCAUUUACACAUUCACGCUUUCUGAAAAAAAUGAUUGGAAGGUCUUUAAGAUGGCAGACCUCUGGGUCUUGACCAGGGGAGUGGUGUCCCACGUUUGCAAUUAGGUUCAUCGGUCAUACCAAAGGGUAUAGCACAACAACAAAUUGGUCACUUAAGAAGGGUGGUAUAGUGUCCUAAAACUGUUAUUUUCAAGAAACUAAAUUAUUCUAAUUUGUCGUGAGCCAUUUUGAUUGGAUUGAAUUUCUAAAUGUUAUCUUAGACCUUUGUGGCCAGCUAUAGAUCUUCAAAAUUUUCACAUUGAUGAGAGUAUAUGUAGUGACUGACUGACGGUUUUGGGGUCAGGAUAUUAUGGCCCAUGUUAAUUCUAUACAGGUCCAAAACCACUACGCUGCAAUGGGUGCAGUACUGCCCAUGCAACAGAAGAGAAUUCCAUUUCAGAGACCAGGAGGACAAAAGCCUGGUUAGUAUUCCAAUGUGGAGUGACCAGCCAUGAUUACUAUACUGGUCUAACCAUGAAAAUGAAAGGUGGCAUCUUGUGUGGUCAUGUGUAUUGUAGUAGGCAUGUUCCACAUGCGAGCAGACUGUAAUGGCAGCUAGAGGAACAAUGCACUCCCUACUACUGUAAGAAAAGUAUUUGUUUGGAGGGACCUUAAUCUUGCUGUUGACCUCCAGGUUAUUUUAAUUCAACAAAUUUUGAAUUAAUCCUCUUCAAAGAUCAUUUCAGUUUAGCGGUUUUGUUUUUUGUUUUGAAGAAUCCUUUUUUCCAAACUGCAUUCAUGAUGGAUUUGAUAGGUCCAGCAAGGCUUGGUGGCAAGUCUGUGAAACCUUUUGACCAUGUUGAAAUUAUUGUGGAUAAGCUACAGUGAGAAUUGCAGGCAUCUAAGGUUGAUCCUAAAAGUGCCUUCAUCAGUAAUUCCCAUUGUAACUUCACAUUUAUGUGAAGGUACAAAGUAAUGAAGCUUGGUUCUAGUUAGGUCCUCAGUUUAAUUCCGAUCCUCUUUGAUGCUCAGGAAAGUUUGGUUUUGUAAUGUUGCAGCUGAUCUAACCUUCAUGAAUGCUUUUUCUUGCAUUUUUCAGCUAAUAUUCUUGAAAAAAAACAGACAGAAGAUUGUGCUCAUGAACAUAAUUCCAGCCUGACAAAUCAUGUUCAAAGCUUAUUUUACGGUCAUUAAAUGAGCACUAUUUAUAGAAAUGUAUACGUGUAAGAGUUGGUCUGAUUUUUUCAUACGGUUUGAAUUUUUGUAAUAGCCUUACUCAUAACCUUGGCCUGUGGCAGAGUGAUACCAUAAAGAAUAAAAGCCAUCUGGUCUA